UACAAAAUCAGUUAAUGAAAACAUGUUGUUGGUAAAGCAAAUCCAUGGAAUGAUGAAUGCAGUGAGUUGGGGAAUUCUCAUGCCUAUUGGGGUUAUGGCUGCAAGAUACAUGAAGACCUACGGGAUAUUAGAUCCCACAUGGUUCUAUGUACGCGUUGUUUGUCAAACCACUGGUUAUUUUGUUGGUUUAAUCGGAGGAUUAGGAACCGCAAUCUAUAUGGCAAGACAUACUGGGAUGAGGACUACGCCGCAUACUGUGAUAUGGUUGUUUCUAUUUGCUUUAAGAUUUUUGCAGAUACUUGCGCUCAAAGCAAGACCGGACAAAGAUCAUAAGUACAGAAAAUAUUGGAACUGGUAUCAUCACACUAUGGGAUACAUAGUGAUUAUACUAAGCGUCUACAAUAUCUACAAAGGCCUUGCUAUCUUGCACCCAGGAAGCUGCUGGAAGAUCGCUUACACUACCAUCAUUUGUGCAAUCGCAGCGUUUGCCAUUGGGAUGGAGAUAUUACAGUUUAAGAAGAGAUGGGGUGGCAUGUUCUGCAAGAAAACUAAAGACCUAGAAGCUGAUCAAACUGUUUCCAUUGAUGUGGUCUAGUUUUUGUUUUUUAAAAAAAAAUUUUUGGGAGAUUUUGUCUUAGACAUUAUUUUCAUUCGUGUGCUCCUUCUGUACAAUUCUAGACUUAUCAGUCAUUCUUUGUUUUUACUUAUAGAAGAUAAACUACUUUGAUUAAUAAAAGUUCUUUGAUUUA